UGUGCGGGCAUGUAAAAAUUGGAGGGAGGAUUCCUUCUCUUUUUAGAAGCUUUCUCUUCUGCAAUUGACAAUGAACGUAAGAGCAAAUAGGAGCUGAAUGAGCUCAUGAUGUGAAUCAGAUGACACAAUCCACCAAGGGUAGACGAUAUUUGGUGACAAAAACUCCUACACCAUCUUCUUCCUCUAAUCAAAUCUUCAGUGUUUCACCAGUUGACAUUGUUUUCACUUAACUUCGUCAGCAAUGGAGGUUCAGGCUCUCUUCUGUGGAUUUAAAGUAUCUCCUUACAGAACCCGAACCCCUAACCUGAUUUGGUCCAGAGUAAAUCCGGUUCCUCCACUCACUCGCGUGCAAGUCGUACGCUGUCAUACGCCUUCCAUUUUAACCCCUCCCCUGGCCCAUCUCCGCCGCUACACCGCCUGCUGCUCCGCCCACAGCCAUCACGACCACGGCCACCACCACCAGCAGAACGGGCAUAUCCAUGAUCAUAACCAACACCACCAUCAUGUUCCCAAUGAGUGUGAUGUGCAGCAGACAAGACCCCAACAGAUUCUUCUAAAAUUCGCAGACGCGACUAGGUGGACUCACCUGUCUAAUUUUUUGCGGGAGAAUUUGGAACUCUGUUGCUUCGCCGCCGUUUUGUUUAUUGCCGCGGCUGCUUGUCCCUGCGUGCUGCCCAAACCGGUUGUGAAGCCUUUCCAGCAUGCUUUCGCUGCCAUUGCCUUUCCUCUUGUCGGGAUCUCAGCCUCCCUUGAUGCCCUAAUGGACAUUGCUGGUUGGAAAAUUAAUAUCCAUGUGCUGAUGGCUCUUGCAGCGUUCGCUUCGCUUUUCAUGGGAAACCCAUUGGAAGGUGGAUUACUUCUAGCCAUGUUUAAUUUGUCUCAUAUAGCUGAAGAGGCCUUCACUCGCCGUGCCAAGAUUGAUGUAAAGGAAUUGAAAGAAAAUCACCCAGAGUUUGCUUUAAUGCUUGAUGCAAUUAAUGGGAGCCCACCAAGUUUCUCAAACAUGACAUAUCAUGAAGUCCCUGUUAGCGAUUUAAAAGUUGAUUCACUGAUAUUGGUUAAAGCUGGUGAGUCUGUGCCUGUGGAUUGUGAAGUUUUAAAAGGUAGCUCGACGAUCACAGUUGAGCAUUUAACUGGCGAGGUCAAACCUUUAGAAAAGAAUGUCGGCGAUAGCAUUCCUGGGGGAGCUAGGAACCUGGAUGGCAUGUUGAUAGUGAAGGCAAAAAAGACAUGGAAAGAGUCUACACUAAACAGGAUUGUGCAGCUGACUGAAGAAGCUCAGUUAAGUAAACCAAAACUACAGAGAUGGCUUGAUAAAUUUGGAGAGCAGUACAGCAAGGCUGUGGUACUCCUAUCCAUUUCAGUUGCUGUCAUUGGACCUUUUCUUUUCAAGUGGCCCCUCAUUGGUAGCCCAGCUUGCAGAGGAUCAGUUUAUAGAGCACUCGGGCUUAUGGUUGCUGCAUCACCAUGUGCAUUAGCUGUGGCUCCAUUAGCAUAUGUGACAGCUAUCAGUGCUUGUGCUAGAAAGGGAAUAUUACUCAAAGGCGGGGAAGUUCUUGAUGCCCUAGCUUCUUGCCACAAUAUUGCCUUUGACAAAACUGGUACAUUGACAACUGGGGAUUUUAUGUGUAAAGCAAUUGAACCAAUUCAUGGGCACAUGAACAGGCAAGAUAAACAAUUUGGCUGUUGUGAACCCACUUGUGAGACAGAAGCCCUUGCUGUUGCAGCUGCUAUGGAGAAGGGCACCACUCAUCCAAUUGGAAGAGCUUUUUUAGAUCUUAGCGCAGACAAAGAUCUUCCUUCCAUUUCUGUUGAAAGCUUUGAAAAUCUACCUGGUAAAGGUGUCUUUGCAACAUUAUCUAGCUCUGAGGCAGGACUUCUUGUAGGAAGAAAGUCAUUGAAAGCCUCACUUGGUUCUAUUGAAUAUAUCACUUCACUUUACCAGUCUGAAGAUGAAUCAAGUAAGAUUAAGGAGGCUGUAAGGACCUCUGUAUAUGGAUUAGAUUUUGUUCGUGCGGCUCUUUCUGUUAACAAUGAAAAGGUUACACUUUUCCACUUUGAAGACAAGCCUCGACCAGGGGUUCCAGAUGUCAUACGCACAUUACAAAAUAAAGGAAAACUGCAUGUAAUGAUGUUAACCGGUGACCAUGAAGCAAGUGCAUGGAGGGUUGCAAAUGCUGCUGGCAUCAGAGAAGUUUACUGCAGUCUUAAACCGGAAGAUAAGCUAUACCAUGUGACAAGAAUAUCCAGAGAAUUUGGUGGGCUUAUAAUGGUAGGUGAUGGUAUCAAUGAUGCCCCUGCUCUUGCUGCUGCUACUGUGGGCAUCGUAUUAGCUGAACGCGCCAGCGCAUCAGCUAUAGCUGCUGCAGAUGUUAUGUUAUUACAAGACAACAUUUCAGGUGUUUCAUUCUGUGUCGCCAAAUCUCGGCAAACAACAUCCCUGAUUAAGCAGAAUGUGGCUCUUGCAUUGUGUAGCAUUGCCUUUGCCUCUCUUACUUCAGUUAUGGGUUAUCUCCCCCUGUGGCUAACGGUGCUUUUGCAUGAGGGCGGAACACUUCUUGUAUGUUUAAAUUCCAUCCGUGCUCUUAAUGAUCCUACGCGGUCCUGGAAAGACGACAUCUUGAAACUAGUUAACAGAUUGAAACAUGUAACUGUGAUUUUUGGAAGGCACAAUGCCACUGGAAGCACCAUUCGAACGAUUUCAUGAUUUCUGUCUGGUUAAACAACUCAUUGUCUCUCAGGACUCAAGGAUGUGCAUUAGAAGCUACAGACGAGCUGAAUUUGUCUAGUAUGAAAAGUUGAAGCUCCCUGGAUGACCCCUGCAUUGCGUGGUAUAAGAUAAUGAUUGAAAUUUUUUAAUCUAGUGACCAGCAUCCACGAUUUAAAAGUUGAACAAUUUACGAUCUGAAUAACUGAUGGUUGGUGGUUUUAGAGCGGUGAAGUGUAAAAUGUUGAAUCCUACCUAGGGUUGGUUCUAUUAUAUAUCUGUAUAUAGUGAUGUAUUUGGUACCCUUAUUAAUUCUUAUAAGUAGACACAAUAAAGGGGUUGUUUACUCUUCUUCCAAAAAAGGGGGGGUUGUUUACUCCAAUAUUAACAUUUCCAAUAUACUAGUAAUAAUGUUGAGAGAAUUAAAGUGUGCUAACAUGACAAA